GAGUCAAACGAUGGUAUGUCUUGGGUAUGGGAAGAAUGCAAACCUCCAACCAACCAACAUCAGAGAAACGUUGUCUUUCAACUGCGCAUGGUAUAAUGAAGAGCAUAGAACAGGGUCCAAAGUUGGUUGUGUUUGCGAAGAAGACUUUAAAGUGUAUGGCUUGA